AUGUUUCAGCUACUGAGGUUGCUCACUCAAUCGGCUCAGUCGUUUGAGGAUAAUUUCAUUGAUCGCCCGCUUCCUGUUUCGUAUUUACAACUUAAAUUGGCGCCACAGCGAGUUGCGGUGGUUUCCAGUGAACUGAUUGCACUGCUUGAAGCUGACCAGUUGGAACGUGAGGAGAGAGUAGCGGGGCAGACACCCGACCAGUCAACACAGGUUACUUCACUUUGA